GGAUGGAGCCGGAUGGCCAGUGCUGGACUGCAAGCACCUAGAAUAACCAUGAAAAUACUCUGAGACAUACAGAUCGCAACUGGAGUGACCAUAAAAAUCUUUUUAAAAAAACUGAAGGAGCCGGAUAUGGCCAUGGAUGAAGCCGGAUGGCCACGGAUGGAACCGCAUGGUCAGUACUGGCCGUCAAGCACGUAGAAUAACCAUGAAAAUACUCUUGACACAUACAGAUCGCACCUAGAAGUCUAGGGAUGUCAACGGGGCCCCGCGGGGCCGGGGACCCCUUCCUCAUCCCCGUCCCCGUGAGUCACGGGGACGGGGAUCCCCGCGGGGAUUUUUUACGGGGAGCAGAUUUUGCCCCCCGUCCCCGUUCCCCGCGGGGAAUGGUGAUCCCCGCGGGGAUCCCUAUUCCCCAAGGGGAACGGCAGCAAUAGCAAUGGCAGCAGAUGGAUCCGGUCCGGCAGCAGGCCAGCGGCAGCAGAUGGAUCCAGUCCGGCAGCAGGCCAGCGGCAGAGCAGAUGGAUCUGGUCCGGCAGCAAAGCAGAAGGAUCCGGUCCGGCAGCAGGCCAGCGGCAGAGCAGAUUCAUACAGGCAACGAAUCACUGAAUAUCAUUCACUUUUAGCAAAUUCAUACAAGUUUAAGCACCAAACAUCAGGAAAUUGCAGAAUAUGAAACAAAAACACCCAAGGCGGAAAUUUUGGAGAAAGGAGAUCCAGAUCUGAAGGAGGGAUCCCACGAUCGGAGAAAAUGGAGAAAGGGGGUUCUUGAUGGGAGAAGAAUCAGGUGAUGACUGAUGACCGGUGAUGUAGGUGGAAGCUAUUGAUCGGAGGAAAAUUUGGAGAAAGGGGUUUGGAUGGGAGAAGAAUCCAGCCUCUUUUUAUUUUUAU